AUGGUUGUGGUGUUGAUAUAUGUGGAUAAUCUUCUCAUCGUUGGAGAUAGUGCAGCCACGAUAUGUGAAGUUAAGGAAACAUUGCUCCAACAGUUCAAGCUCAAGGACUUAGGAGAGCUUAAAUUCUUUCUUGGCAUUGAAUAUAUCUUAGAGCUCAUAUCUGAAACAGGACUUACUGGUGUAAAACCAGCUCCUACACCUCUAGAUUCAAAUGCUAAGCUACCUCAGCUGCGUUUGACAAAGCUACUGGUGCAUGACAUCAGCUAUGUUGUACAAAACUUAAGUCAGUUUAUGCAGCAACCAAAGAAGUCUCAUUUGGAAGCUGCUAACAGGGUGAUCAGGUAUAGGCGAGGUAAAAUAGCUCCUCGACAAGCUGAUUCAAUGUCUACCAUAACAAAAGAAAGAAUUUCAUACUAUGAAUUGCUCCAAGCAACUGAUGAGCUUAGCGAGAGCGUUCUCAAAAGUGGAGCUGUAAUUGCAGUUAAAGUGUUCAGUCUACAACUGGAUGCAGGAUUCAAGAGUUUUGAUACAGAAUGUGAAGUUUUGCGGAACCUUCCCCAUAGGAAUCUUGUAAAAGUCAUUACUAGUUGUUCCAAUCCUGAUUUUAAGGUUUUAGUGCUCGAAUAUAUGCCUAAUAGGAGUCUUGAGAAGUAUUUGUAUUCGCACAACUCCUUCUUAGACAUCAUGCAGAGACUAAGCAUAAUGAUAGAUGUGGCUUGUGCAUUGGAAUAUCUCCACCAUGGGUUCUCAUUGCCAUUGAUUCGCUGUGAUCUGAAACGUUGUAUAGUCUUGCUGGAUGAGGAUAUGGUUUCCCACCUAUGCGACUUUGGUAUCUCAAAACUUCUUGGUGAAGAUGAGAGUGAUUUGUACACAAAAACCUUAGCAGCAUUGGGAUAUAUUGCACCGGAAUAUGGACUGGAUGGAUUGGUGUCAACAAAAUGUGAUAUCUAUAGUUACGGGAUCAUGUUGUUGGAAACGUUUGCCAGGAGAAAGCCUAAUGAUUUUGAGGGAGAUGUUAACUUGAGCAAUGGGUGA